GUCACCAAUGAGUAGCUACGCUUUUGAAGAUGACGAUGAGUACGGUACCGACCGCCAAUACGCCAUCCGUGAUGGGAUUAUCUUCUUGGUCGAGUUGAACGACGAGAUUUUCCGCCCCUUGAAACUGUUGGGAGGAAAGUCUCAGAUCCUCCAAAUCCUAUGGAGCAUAAAUAGACUAUUACAAGAACUGGUGAUUAUGGCUCCCAGCACCGGAGUAGGCGUGUUUUUCUACAACUGCAGCAAAUCCCAUUCUGGCUUUCCCAAGGAAUCGCGUGUUGAUAGGCUCUUCAGGCUUCACGAGUUGAAUUUGAAGGAUAUGCGGAGAUUGAACUUCUUGAUUGAGGACGAGCUUCUGGGGUUGAAGCCAAUUCGAGACCUGUUCUCCCCUUCAUCUGACCCGGUGGUGGACUUGAACGAGGUUUUCAACGUGGUUUAUGAAGAAUUCAAAACCCAGAGCACAAAGAGCUUCAAUCGCAAAAAACUCAUCUGGUUCACCAAUAACCACAAUCCCUAUAACCUAACACAGUUGGAGGGAAACGAGGAGCUUUUGUCGAAGCUAAGAGAAACAACUGCCAACUACUUCGCGGAGAUGAUUCCUAUCGUGCCCAUGUUCUUGAAAUUGGACACCAAUGAUACGUUUGACUUGAAGUUUUUUGAGCUGGUGUUUCUGAAUACCAACUUCUUGACCCUCAAAAACAAGCUUUUUGACUCCAACAAUGGCGAUAAUACUGUGGUAGUUGACAAGAUUGGCUCAAUCAUCUCUCGAAUCAAACAGGUCCGUAGAAUUCAGAUAGGCUGCAACUUGAUCUUGAGUGACGGGAAAAUCGGAGGCAAAUUUGGCUGCUCGGUUAAAGGCUACACUCUAUAUAACCACGAGCAAAUGAAAAAGGUCAGCCAUAUAUACGCCGAUGCAGAAGACUUGACGGUUGUUCAGCUGGAGGCCACUAUCAAAACUAAAGAUGACCAUGAGGUGGUGAAAAUCCCAGAUGAUCCAAACACAACCUACGAAGAACGGAAGCUGAAGGCUGGAGGUAGAAAGGGUUUCCUGCUUAAGUAUAAGAACGAAGAUGCCACGAUGGAAGAUGUAUUUUAUUUGGACAACAAGCAGGUCGAGUUUCUCAAACAAUACACCUUUGAUCAUAGUCCUGAAGAUGAUACGAAAGUUGAGAGUGAAUCGGAGGAUGAUUUGAAACAUGAAGAUGAAGAUGUUCCUUAUGUAGCUUUAUCUCAUCCUCCCUACCUCAAGUUACUAGGGUUUAGACAUGUCUCGAAGUUCAAACCUUACUACAAUAUGGCUGCCCCCAUCUUCAUAACGUUUGACUCCAGUAAUGGCUACAGUCUUCCUCUUGGCUUCCAAAACCUGAAGGAUACAUUCACCAAUUUGUACAAGUCAUGUGUCAAGUUGGAGAGAUACGCUAUGCUUUUCGGAUGCACCAAGAAAAAUGCUUUACCUAGUUUAUUUGCAUUAUACCCUACCAACAUUGCUAAGUCAAGCAACCAAGAUUCACUUCCUGAAGGCUUCUUGUUGGUGAGGCUUCCAUGGUUGGAUGAUAUCAGAGCCUUGCCUCCGCAUAUGAUCAAAAAUCCUCUCAUCCAGUUUGACAAGAGUAAGAGCUCACUUCCCACUGCAUUGGUUGACAGCUUCAAAGUAUUGAUGAAGAAACUUCAUAUCCAAAACUACAAUCCUGGAGACUUCCCAAAUCCAAGCUUGAACUUCUUCUACGAAGUACUUAAAAACGAUUUGUUGCAAAUAGAACUGUCGGAUGCACAUAUGAGCAUUGAAAAGUUCGAUGCCACUUUCCAGUAUUUGGAAAAUAUAUCGACUAUUUUGUCCAAAGGUGACCUCAAAAGGGUAGUUGAAAGCAUCAACAAGGAUUUGGAUGCUAGUGGUGUUCUUUUGAUCGAUGAAGAUCCCAUGGAGCCUCCCACAAAGAAGCCAAAGCCGACUGUUGAAGUCGAUGACCUGGAUAUAUUGACUGCUUGGAAAUCCAAUAGUUUGAAUCAGUUUAAUAUGAACCAACUCAAGUCGUUCGUAUCUAGAUACAAGAAUAGUAUAAAGUCUGCUACAAAAAAACAGGACCUCAUUAACAAUAUCGUUGACUUUUUGGAGUCUAGAAAUGCAGCUACCUGAUCUAAUUGAACCUUAGUAAUGAAUUAUGAUGAUGAAUGUAUAAUGGUUAAUUGACGUUUCUACAAAUAGUUGCAGGUUCGUGAGUCCGAAUGAAGUAAAAUUAUCACAAUAAAAUGGACAACUUUCAAAACCCUUUAAUAAACUUGAAGUAUUUAAUUCUAUCUUCUCGAAUAUAAUAUCCCUCAAAUGAACGCUAUAU